GGGGGGGGGAAACUGCCCAAAUCCCGGCAUCCCUCGCUGCCCAGCACUCCCAGCUCCGCCAGCCCCAGCGCCGCCUGCCUGCGGCCCCAGCUGGGAGCCCCCGGCCCAACCAUGGGGACCUUUCUAUGGGGCUGGAGGGGGUGUGGGCAGCCUUAGGGCCCCCACCGCCUGCUGCUGCCCUCGCUGCCAUCCUGCUUGGCCGAUGCGGACACAAAGGCAGAGGAGACACGGCCUUCCCAGGAAAGGCUCAGGGAAGGGCCCAGGUGGAGAGUGUGGACCCCCUGUGCCAUGGCUUCAUCCCAGCUGCCCCCCUGCCCCACAGUAGGUACUGUCCUUGCUUCGCAGCCCCUCAGCGAGCUUCCCCCUGGUGAGGAGGACCUGGGUGAAGCCUUUGACUUCGAGGACAGUGACGAGGAGGAGGACGAAGAUUCAGCCACUGAGCCAAGCAGGGGUGCAGUGCUUCAGGCCCCUCCUCGCAGGCACCGUGCCACCAGCUGCAGCACUGAGGGGCUGGUGCCGGACACCCAGGAAGGGCUGCCAGAGCGGGUGAGCAAUGGGGAAGCCUGUGAGGAUCCCCAUGACAUCAAAACCCAGAACUGGAAGAGGAAAAGCGGCCACCAGGGUGAUCGCUUUGAGUUCACGGCGGCAGAGGACGAUGUGAUUUAUGACGACGUCCCCUGUGAGAACCUCGACGCCAACCACGAUGGGCGCAGCCUGAUCUACGAGGACGUGCAGCGUGGUGAGGAGCUGGGCUGGAGCUCCAGCGAGUUUGAGAGCUACAGCGAGGAGUCGGGUGAGGAGAGCAAGCCAGAGGCUGAGCCAGCCAAGCACCGGGCCGCCUUCCAGCCCAAGCUUUCUCCAGACCUGAAUAGACUAAAGGAGACAUACGCCAGGACUAAGAGGGACAUCCUGGCUUUAAGAGUUGGGGGGAAAGACAUGCAGGAGCUGAAGCAGAAGUAUGAUUGGAAGAUGACUCAACUGAUGAAGGCGGCCAAAAGUGGCACCAAGGAUGGGCUGGAGAAGACCAAGAUCGCAGUGAUGAGGAAGGUGACCUUCCUGCACCGUAAGGAAGUACCAGGGGAUGGGGAGCAUAGGAGAAGGGUGAAGGAGGCGGAAAAGCUACUACCACCCACUCCUGGCAUCUCAAGGGGGUCACUGGAGCAUUGCGGACGAGGAGAUUCAGAGGAGGAGGACACAGGUUUCCUGGAGGUCACCGUCUCCGACGUGAAGCACCCACCGCCCGAACUUGGCCCCAUGCCCACAGGGCUCAGCCCCCAGCAGGUGGUGCGGCGACACAUUCUGAGCUCCAUUGUGCAGAGUGAGCGCAGCUAUGUGGAAUCCCUGAAGCGCAUCCUGCAGGAUUACAGGAACCCGCUGAUGGAGAUGGAGCCCAAAGUGCUGAGCGCCAGGAAAUGCCAGGUGGUGUUUUUCCGCCUGAAGGAGAUUCUGCAGUGCCACUCCAUGUUCCAGAUCGCCCUCUCCUCCCGCGUGGCUGAGUGGGACUCUGCUGAGAAGAUUGGGGACCUCUUUGUGGCCUCGUUCUCCAAGUCAAUGGUGCUGGAUGUCUACAGUGACUAUGUCAACAACUUCACCACUGCCAUGUCCCUUAUCAAGAAGGCUUGUCUCACCAAACCUGCCUUCCUCGACUUCCUUAAGAAGCGGCAGAUGGCCAGCACUGAUCGCGUGACGCUUUAUGGGCUGAUGGUGAAACCUAUCCAGAGGUUCCCCCAGUUCAUCCUUCUCCUACAGGACAUGCUGAAGAACACCCCCAAGGGCCAUGCGGACCGCCUGUCCCUCCAGCUGGCUCUCACUGAGCUGGAGACAUUGGCUGAGAAGCUCAACGAGCAGAAACGUGUGGCUGACCAGGUGGCUGAGAUCCAGCAGCUCAGCAAAAGCAUCAGUGACCGCAGCAGCCUCAGUAAGCUGCUGAACUCAGGGCAGCGGCAGCUCCUGCUCUGUGAGACGCUGACAGAGACGGUGUAUGGCGACCGGGGGCAGCUCAUCAAGUCCAAGGAGCGGAAGGUUUUCCUCCUCAAUGACAUGUUGGUCUGCGCCAACAUCAACUUCAAGCCAGUGAACCCAAGAGGCCAGCUGGAAAUUAGCAGCCUGGUGCCACUGGGCCCCAAAUAUGUGGUGAAGUGGAGCACGGCCCUCCCGCAGGUGCAGGUGGUGGAAGUGGGGCAGGAGAGCGGUGCCUACGACAAGGACAAUGUGGUCAUCCACAACGCUGGUGCCAAGAAGCACGCACCCACUGGGCCGGCCUCGCACAAUAAAGUCUACCUGGGGCCACCGCGGCUUUUCCAGGAGCUGCAGGACCUACAGAAGGACCUGGCAGUGGUGGAACAGAUCACCUUGCUCAUCAGCACGCUGCAUGGCACCUACCAGAACCUGAACAUGACAGUGGCCCAAGACUGGUGCUUGGCCCUGCAGAGGAUGAUGAAGGUGAAGGAGGAAGAGAUCCACUCUGCCAACAAGUGCCGCCUCCGUCUCCUGCUGCCUGGCAAGCCGGACAAGUCUGGCCGCCCCAUCAGUGUCAUGGUGGUCUUCAUCACUCCAAAUCCUCUGAGCAAGAUCUCCUGGGUCAAUUGCCUUCACCUGGCCAAGAUUGGGCUGCGGGAGGAGAACCAGCCGGGCUGGCUCUGUCCCGAUGAAGACAAGAAGAGCAAAGCUCCCUUCUGGUGCCCCAUUCUUUCCUGCCACAUGCCUGCCUUUUCCUCCAAAGCCCUCGAUCUGCAGCUCAGCGCUGCAGUGCACAACCCUGUGCAAUCCUCACUGUUGGGUUUCUCUGCUGUCAGCACCUCAUUGCCGCAGGGCUACCUCUGGGUUGGGGGUGGCCAGGCAGGUGCAGGGGGACAAGUGGAGAUCUUCUCCCUCAAUCGCUCAGUGCCACGGACGGUAAAAUCCUUCCCAGUGGCAUCGCCAGUGCUGUGUAUGGAGUACAUCCCCGAGGCAGCUGAGGGGGACACGGAGGGGACCGAAGAGCCCCGGGCAGGUGCUGAGCAGCCCCCUGCAACUCUGCAUCCCACUGUUUGCUUGGGACUGCGGGACGGCAGUAUCGCAGUGUACAGCAGCGUGGACACGGGGACGCAGUGCCUGCUGACCUGCAAGAGCCCUGGCUUGCAGCCAGUCCUCUGCCUGAAGCACAGCUCUGAGCACCUGUUUGCAGGGCUGCAGGAUGGGACAGUGGCCGCAUACCCGAGGAACAAUGUGGGGCUGUGGGACCUGACUGAGCAGCCUACCUGCCUGCCUGUGGGCACCAGCCCUGUGCGAGCGCUCUUGAUGCUGGAUGAGACCCUAUGGGCCAGCUGUGCCAACCAGGUCACCGUCCUUGAUGCCUCCACCCUCUGUGCUCAGCAAACCUUUGAGGCUCAUCCGGACACAGAGGCCAGCGUGACACACAUGAUCAAGGCGGGCAGUGGUGUUUGGAUGGCGUUUUCCUCUGGUUCCUCUAUUCGCCUCUUCCACACCGAGACACUGGAGCACCUGCAGGAGAUCAACAUUGCCACCAGGACUACCUUUGUCCUCCCAGGGCAAAGACAUGUCCGUGUCACCAGCCUGCUCAUCUGUCAGGGCUUGCUGUGGGUCGGCACUGACCAGGGCAUCAUUGUUCUGCUGCCUGUGCCCCGAUUGGAGGGCAUCCCCAAAAUCACUGGAAAAGGCAUGGUGUCCCUGAAUGGGCACGGCGGCCCCGUGGACUUCUUGGCCGUGGCACUGAGCACGUUGGCCCCCGAUGUGCUGAAAGGAGACCAAGAGGAAGAAGAAGGUGGGGAAGAGAAACCCUCAGAGCUGGAUGGACCCCCACCGCGGGAAAUGAGGAAAAAAGGGAUCCUGUUGCAGUACCGCCUCCGUUCCACCUCCCACCUCCCUGGGCAGCUGCUGUCAGUGCGGGAUGCUCCAGCUGGGACUGUGACCCCAGAGCACACAGAAGAAGAUGGCUCCAUCUACGAGAUGGCCGAUGACCCCGAUGUGUGGGUCCGGAGCCGGCCCUGUGCCCGCGAUGCUCCCCGCAAGGAGAUCUCCUCUGUCGCCAUCAUUUCAGGGGGCAGAGGGUACCGUAACUUCAACUCUGAGCCGCAGCGCCGGGGCGGUGAUGCUGACAGCACCCUGCUCAUCUGGCAGCUCCCGCUGAUGCUAUAGCAGCCGGGGGAUGCCCGCGCGGCGCCUACCUCAAAGCCACCCUACACGCUGCCGUGGGGCGGUCGCAUUGGUGAGUGCACCACCCCAUUAUUUUUUUUUUUAAAAAGGAGAAAUGAGGAAAAAAAUAACAAAAGGAAAAUCACCAUAAAAAUUGUGAUUUUUGACUCCCCUGCCUCCCCCCAAAAAACACCCCAGUUUGCAUGCUGGGAGAGAGGAGUUUUUAAACGUGGAAAGCAAUGACCUCCUUGUGGGCUUUGGAGGCGCUGGGGCUGUGCUUGAAGGCAUUUGUGUGUCUGCGUGUGGAUAUCUAUAAAUAUAUAUAUAAAUAAGGUGUAUAUUAUGAGCUGUAUAAAGAAGGAAUCUGUAUAUAUUGGGGCACUUGGAGAUGCAGAAAUAAAGAAGAGGUGUGAGCACUCAUUGGAUACUGGCUGUGCUGAAACGGGGUUUUGCUGAAAUAGCCCUUUUUUGACUAUGAAGUGAGGAUUUGGGGUUACAUAAUGCAGUGUUUUGGGAGCUGGUUUGGGGACUUCCGAUUGGAGCAUAAGAGCUGUUUCUGGAGGACAGGAAAUUUUGGGUGAAAUUCAGCCUGGAAAUAAAUCCCAUAGGAAUCA